AUCAGCUUGGGCACUCCUUCUCUUUGUUUCCGCUCAACCGUUUGCCAGCGGCCGGCGCGGUCAGUUCUUCUCUCCCCCUUCCUUUGAUUCCGCCGUGAGCCAGAUCUGCCCCUUCUCCGGCAACCGCCUCGGCGAGCUCCAGCUGGAGUGCCCUCGUGAGUCGUGAGGAUAUUUCACUUUGAUACUAAAAAUAGGAGUAUAUUUCCACCCGACUCUAUCUUUCUCUCCAAUCCAAACAGUUUCAUUCGUCGCGGAGUAUGUUUUCCAAAAAAUUACGUGGUUAAACCGAAGCUCACGCGCCACGUUAGUUCCGCCCCUCUCUGAUGAUGGCGAUGAGAGUAAGGGGGCUGCUGGGUCUGGCCUCUCGGGUCCCAGGGACGAAAGCUUUCAGCACCGAGAUAUUUGUGAGCAGGUUAUCGUUCUACACAACAGAGGAAGAAUUUAAAAACACAUUUUCACCAUUUGGAGCUGUAGAAGAAGUCCGGUUGGUGAGAGACAACCAAACUGGAAGGCCAAAGGGAUUUGGUUUUGUAAAAUAUUCAUCCCAAAUGGCGGCAGAGAAAGCUGUCAAGGCAAUGGAUGGAAGGAUAAUUCGAGGAAGACUAAUCUUUGUGGAGGCUGCAAAGGAACGUGAUGAUACUGGAUAGUGCAGAUUGCUUCAGGACAACGUGAGUUGUGACAGGAGAGAAGAAUGAUAAGAGAGCCCUGAGAGUUCAUUUCGAUGAACAUAGACCUUUAAUUGCUGACUGCUAGACCGAUGGACUAAUCGAAUUAUUGCUGAGUCUGGCAACAUAGUUGAAAUUUGAGACAAAAUGGAACUUAGCAAUGGAUUCCUAGCAAAAUAACAUUAUCUAUAUAGAUGGUUAAGAUUUCUGAAACUCAGAAGUAGAUCAUUUGUGGACCUUGCGUUAAGUAGCAAAUGUACAUUUAGAGCCGGAGGGAGUAUUUGUAGCUCUAAGACCAUUUUGUUAUGGUAUAUAGAAGGUUAUAUUUAUUGUUUAGAAUUUUUGUCCUCUCCUAAAA